AAAAUAAAAUAAAAUAAAAUAAAAAAAAGAAUGAUAAUCUUUUUCAUCUUUGCUUUUAUCUUCUUAUCUUCUUUUUCCAUUUGUUAUUGCAGCUCAAAUGAUCAUAAUUCUCAUGGUCAUAACUCUUAUAAUUAUGACUCCAAUUAUCGAAACGAAUUGAACAAUUAUGGAAUCAUCGAAGCUAAAUUGACUCAAAACGACAUCUAUUUCUCGAAAUCUAAUCCUUCGUUAAACGACUUGUGGGGCCAAUCCUUUCCCUUUGCUGGAAUAAACACUUUUGCUCACUUGCCCUAUGAAAACUGUCUUCUUGACACAAACAUCUCCUAUGAUAUUGCCUUAAUAGGCUACCCCUUUGAUACCGCUACAACUUAUAGACCUGGUGCAAGAUUUGGCCCAAGAGCAAUCAGAUCUGCUUCCCAAAGAAUCAAUUCUUUAAGAAGCUUGAAUUUUAGAGCUGGUUUGAACCCUUUCAUUCAAUGGGCCAACAUAAUUGACUGUGGUGAUGUCCCAAUAACCCCAAUGGACAAUGCUAUAGCUUUAAACCAAAUGACAAUGGGCUAUAACGAACUACUAUUCAAAAGACAAACCUCCUCUUCCAACCCAGUCAGUUUCCCAAGAUUAAUCAUGCUUGGUGGUGAUCACAGCAUAACCCUAUCAGCUCUAAGAAACCUAUACAAAAUAUAUGGCAAACUAUCUAUAAUCCAUUUUGAUUCUCAUCUCGAUGACUGGUCUCCAGAUAAAUAUCCUUCUUUUUGGCACUCAAAACAGUCAAUGUUCACUCAUGGCUCAAUGCUAUGGAUGGCCUCCAAAGAAGGCCUAUUAUCAAACAGCUCAAACGUCCAUGCUGGUAUUAGAACUAGACUAACUGAUUGGUCUGACUACACUGACGACGAUAACCAAGGUUUCACGAGAAUCGAAGCAGAUGAUAUCUUCAAACAUAAAAAUGGUUUGGACUACAUCAUCAACAAGAUUCUCUCGACAAUCCCCAACCAUCAUCCAGUUUACAUCUCAGUUGAUAUCGAUGUGCUUGACCCAAGCGCUGCUCCUGGAACUGGCACUCCAGAGCCUGGUGGUUGGCUAACAAGAGAGUUGAUCCACAUCAUAAGAGGAAUAGACUCUUUGAACAUUGUUGGUGCUGACAUCGUGGAAGUUGCCCCUCAAUACGACCAUGCUGAAAUCACUGCAAAAGCUGCUGUUCAGGUCGUCUAUGAACUCAUCACAAGUAUGGUCAAGAAUGGUCCCCAAGAGAUAGUAAAACAAAACUCCACUGAUACCAAUCCACCUAAUAAGGUCAGAAAUAAUCUAAUUUCGAAUCAACUUGACCACUCAAUUUCUCAGAUAAAACAAAAGUUAGGUGACCAAAGCUUAACUCAUCAGAAAAAGGAAUCAGUUAAAUCUGUUUUGAACCAAAAAUUAAAUCAAUUAAAAAACGAUUACGAAAACUUGAUUGAAUUACUAGAAACCAUUGCUUAAUGCUUAUUUAUAUAUAUAUAUAUAUAUAUAAGUGUGUGUUUGGUUUUUAUUUGAAAU